AUGGCGAGUGCAGAGGCUAUACCUGGCGUUCACGUGCUUCUAUUUGGUGGCAACGGCCGAGUCGCGCGGGCCAUGACGAAAUUGAUGGUGGCCCGGUCCUGGACGGUCACCAGCGUGAUUCGUAAUCCCCAGCAAGAAGGGGACAUUCUGCGCCUGGGAAACAAGGAGCAACCCUCCCGUCUAAGGGUGAUCCAUUGCGAUUUGCGGACUAUCAAGACCUCGGACGAAGCGUCCCAUCUCCUGGAGCAGGUUCGACCCAACUGUAUCGUCUUUGCGGCAGGUUCAUUUUCCAACCCGUACGAAAUUGAUCGCGACGUUGCACAGCGCAUCAUGCAGGCGUCAAGCCGCGCCGACUAUGUGCGCAAAUUCCUGAUGAUUUCGUUCCCCGCUUCACGCCGCAAACCCGCACCCUGGUGGAAUCAACGAGACAUUCGCGACUAUCAUUCAGAGUCCAAUUCAUACCCUAGUGUCAAGGAUGCCAAGUUGCAAGCAGAUGAGUACUUAAUCGCAAUGGCCCGCCAGAGGGAGCUCCGAGGCGGGCCUAGAUUACAGGCCAUCAGCUUGCGACCUAGCUGGUUGCUGACGAGUCCGGGAACGGGCAAGGUGAAGCUCGGAAAGACACAAGCGCUUGGCCAACUGCCUAUCGGCGAUGUUGCAUCCAUUGCCGUGAGCCUGUUGAGCCGGAAUGAUGCCAAUGGUUGGUUUGAUCUCGUUCAAGGCGACGUGGAGAUCGAUCAAGCGGUAGAAGCGGUGGUACAAAACCAGAUCAAUUGCAUUGAAGGGGAAGACUUGGAGAAUAUAUACAAGCUUGCGGUAGAAUAG